GCCCUGAAUUCGUGGCCUACAUGUAUGAAAAAGAUUAUGAAGGAAUUCAGAAGAUGGUUCAACGUUAUCCAAACAUUGAGACUGGAGGAGAUCUCUUUGGACUUUGGCGAAGUGAUAACACUGUCGUUAUUCAACGUUUUAUUGGACCUGGAAAGAAUUGCUUACGUACUGAAACCUCGUUCCAUCAAGAUGUUCAAUAUCUGGAAAAAAUUGGAUCUUUGAUCACUUCUAAAGAAGGUCUCUGCAAUGUUGGAGAAUGGCAUUCACAUCAUCAGAUGAGAAUGCCCAAGCCAAGUGAAGGUGAUUGCAGAACAAUAAAAUCCAAUAUGCCUCAUCUUGGUGUGGAAAGAUUUGUCCUUUUUAUUGCCACCAUCGAGUUUAGUUCUGGCCUGAAGAGAGCACACGACAUUCCUUUGGACAAUAUUAAAAUACAUCCUUAUCUCUUCUUGAGCUCAAAACGUAGUUACAUUGAAGGAAAAAUAGAAUUUAUGUCUGGGACAAAAGAAAAUUUUCCCUCUACUAACGUGUAUAGUGAAAUUGAACAUGAAAUUGAAGAGGGAAAAGAACCUCCAAAACAUCACGGAGAUAAACGGGUAAAUUCUACAACGAGAGAUGAACCUAAUCGUGAGAAUAUUCCACCAAACUCAGGGACAGAGAGUAGAGAUCUCCACUCACGUACUUCUAACAAUCAGCAAGCUAUUGCCUCACAAGGAGCAGGGAAUCCUUCACACAGUUUAAUGACAGCAAAGAAGUUGGGGGAAGUUGUUGAUCUAUCAAAGUUGUCCGGUGAGGGAUUGAUGUGAUAACUAUUUUCAACAUAAGAAAGUGCUGUAAACAUUACCAAUUACCAUUCAAACUAAGGAUUAUGUGAUAUUCACAGGAUAAAUUCCUAUCAUCACCUGAAUGAAUGAAUGAAUGAAUUAUUAUUAUUAUUAUUCUUAGAAUUUAUAUGUAUGAUUGUACAUAUGUAGCCUGUUUUAAUUUUUUGUAAUUGAUACGUGGUAUAGUCUGUUAGUAAAGUACUCUCAAAAUCAUCCUGUUUAAAAUGUGUUUCUAAUACUGUUGGACUUUAUUAAAAAAUACUGAAAUUCCGUAAGCGUAACGUGGAUUGGAAUGAUUUUGGAGAUCUUAUGCAAGAAUAGAUAACAUGUAUAAACAUUGUAAUAUGGAUUGUUAUUAUUGA